ACGGAACAAACGUACUAAAAAAAAAACAAAUAUCAGCUGUUUUAUGUUUAUUUAAUUUAAAAUUUAUUAAAAUUACUAUAAAAGAGAGUAGAAAAAAGGUUUAAAUUAUUAAUAUGAGUGAGAACGAAAUAAUUUAUUGUCGUUUUUGCGCUGAAACAGCCAAUUCACUUCAAUACAUAGAUCUAUCAAUUGAUUCACAAACAAGAUCGAGCGUCGUGGAGAAAUUAGCAGUUCUCAAUUUAAAUGAAGUCGAUUUCAGAGAUAAAACCUUACCAGAAACGAUAUGUUUAUCUUGUUACGACAUUUUCAAAGUCUCCUAUGAAUUUUUCACUAAAAUCAAACUAUCGCAGGUUGUGUUAAAAGAACGAGGUAACUUUUUCACUAGCGAAGCAACAGUUUUUGUAAAAGACGAAAAUGGAGAAAACGAAGUGAAAUCUCAAGAAAUAAGUUUUAAUAAUGAUUACGACACAAACUGUUACAUUGAGGACGACAAAUGUGAUACAGAAAUAGAGAAAUGCAACGUUUCAUGGGCUUCUUAUGGUGUUUCUUGUAAAUUCUGUGGUGUGGACUAUUCAAGUGUAACAGAAUUGAGAGAGCACUGUAAAGAGACGCAUAGUACCUGCUGUGGAUUCCAGUGUAGCGAUUGUCAUAGUAACUUUGAAGAUUUUACCACAUUUGUCGAGCAUGUGAGAGAACAUAGGAAGGAGUUAAUUGAUUAUUGUCAACACUGCAAUAUGAAAAUAAACCAAAUCGACCACACAAAGACACAUAUCUUACAACCGAACUGCCAGUUUUGUGGCGAAAUAUUCCAAAAUGAGAUUUCUUUAACUAAUCACCAUAAUUUAUACCAGAAUCUACCGAAAAAGUUGAGUAAACACAAAAUAUCAGAGUUGAAAGAGCUAUUGUCAUAUGGAUUAGAAAUAUAUGAGGUGGACAAAUUAGAAAUUGUUCUCUGGAAGGACUACAUAUGGAUAUGUCAGUACUGUAGUACAAGAUUUUCCAAUCAGGAUGUGCUUAGGUGUCACGUGAAGAAUGUUCACGGAAAAUGCUUUGGGAAUAAAUGCAUUGAUUGUGACGAGAUUUGUAAAUCAUUUGAUGGUUUUAUUGAACAUGUGAGACUACAUAGACCAUUGUUAAGGUACUGCUGUCAAUACUGCAAUGCCAAAUUUGAUGAUCAGCAAUUGACAAUAAUCCACACUAAUACACAUUUACAGUCAUUCCAAUGUGAGACUUGCGGUGAAUCAUUUAACAGCAAAUUUGAUUUACAACGCCAUUUGACUGCAUACGGUAAAAAAACUAAAAGAAUACCAUUCAAGAGUCGCGAAAAACCGAUCAGCAUUGAAGAUCUAACGUGCGACAUAUGUCGGAAAGUGACGAAGAGUUUAUCAAAUCUGCGGGCGCACAGAGUGUUACACACAGACAGAAACAGAGACUACACAUGUGACAGAUGCGGCAAGACGUUCUUCACGAAAGGUGCUCUGUACACGCACUCGUUCAUACACCAAAAUGUAGAGCCGCAGGUCUGCAAGGUCUGCAAAAAGACAUUCCUUACCUUGAGUCGUUUGAAGAAACACAUAAAAACCCAUUACGAGGACAAGCCGUUCGAAUGCAAUUUGUGUUUUAAGAGGUUCAGAUUGAAGGACCAUUUGAAAGGGCACAUGAUUACACACACAGACCUACUGCCGUACUCAUGUCAGUAUUGCAACAAAGGGUUCAGACAUAAAAACGUGUUGAAAACACACGAAAACCUGCAUACAGGUGCCAAGCCGUUCUCUUGCACUGUAUGCGGCAUGGAGUUUGCGAAUUGGUCCAACUGUAAUAAACAUAUGAAAAGAAAGCACGGCGCGACGUUGGCGAAGAACGUGCUGACUCCACAAGGGAAGGUACCCAUAAAUCAGAAGACAGGGAAACCGAAGAAGAUCAAGGAUUUGGAGACGGUGCGGGAGUGGACUGAGCAGAUUUUGGUGCCGUGCAAGAGAGGGAAAAAGAGUGGACAAGAGAAGGGUUAUGAUGUCGUCGAUUUGGAAGCAAUGGGUGGAAAGCUAUGAACUAAUAUCGCCUUGCACGAGAGGUGUGGAGGAGGUUGGAGGAGGCCUAUGACAAGUGGCAAACGGACAUAACCAAUUUAUGUUAAUUAUAUGCAUAAUAAACAAAAUAUAGUAUGUGUGUGUACUGUUAUGUCCACGGUACUGCUCAUGUCUAUAGGCGACGGUUACCACUUACCAUCAGGUGGGCCGUCAGCUUGUUUGCCAUUCUAAGUUAUAUAAAAAAAAAUGUAAUGUAAUUCUAAUAAUAUUUAUUUUGUAAUGAUUUAUUAUGUAUUAUUUAAAUAAAGAAUUAUUUAUUUUUUUUAUUUAUAAUUAA